GUUUUCCGCUGUCAGAGCUGCCUCUGUUCACACUCUGUUGGCUUUACUCCAUGAUUCAGUGAUGAAUUUGUCAUCCAACGAAAGUAACCUUUUUGGUCGGAACGAGGAGGUGGCCAAGCUUGAGAUAACAUUGCUGAGCCUGAUCUUCGUCGUGGCCGUCGUGGGCAACAUCAGUGUCCUAGCAGCGAUGUGCAAGACUAAGAAGAAGCUGUCGCGCAUGCACCUCUUUAUGAAGCACCUGAGCCUGGCAGACCUGGUAGUGGCCUUUUUUCAAGUGUUGCCACAGCUCUGCUGGGAUAUCACAUUUCGUUUCUAUGGGCCAGACUUCCUGUGCCGGAUCGUGAAGCACCUCCAGGUUCUGGGUAUGUUUGCGUCCACUUAUAUGAUGGUGAUGAUGACGGUGGACCGCUACAUUGCUAUAUGCCACCCAUUGAAGACCCUGCAGCAGCCCGCACGCCGCUCCUAUAUCAUGAUCGGCAGCACAUGGCUGGGCAGCCUUGUUCUCAGCACCCCACAGUACUUUAUCUUCUCACUCAGCGAGAUCCGCAAUGGUUCAGAUGUCAUCGAUUGCUGGGGCCACUUCAUCAAGCCAUGGGGCCUCCGUGCCUACAUCACUUGGAUCACAGUGGGCAUCUUCCUCGUGCCCAUCAGCGUGCUGAUCAUAUGUUACAGCUUCAUAUGCCACAGCAUCUGGAGGAACAUCAGGUGCAAGACAGGGAACAGGGAGUGCAAAAAUGCACUGACUGGGAACAGCUCAGUGAGCAAUGUAGCCACCAUGUCUAGAGCCAAACUCAGGACUGUCAAAAUGACAUUUGUCAUCGUGCUGGCACACAUAGUUUGCUGGGCGCCAUUUUUCAUUGUGCAGAUGUGGUCGGUGUGGGAUAAUAAUUUCCGCUGGGAUGAUUCAGAGAACACAGCAGUGACUCUCUCAGCCUUGCUGGGGAGCUUGAACAGCUGUUGUAACCCCUGGAUCUAUAUGAUCUUCAGUGGUCACCUCCUUCAGGAUUUCACACGCUGCUUUCCCUGCCAUAAGAAAAUACACUGCAAUGACAAGAAAGAGGAUUCAGACAGCAGCUUAUAGAAGGCCAAUGACCUCACCAAGAUCUCCAAUCAGAGCCCUGUAUGUGGUUUAAAAGACCUUGUGCAUUCCUCUAAAUCUACUCGACUGGUGACGUGAUGCUUUUAGAGUCACGUAUUUCCAAAAUCCUUUUGGGAACUGGGUGAUCAUUUGUGUGUAGAUUAUGAAGUAAAUCUCAAGCACAGAGAAAGCACAAUAGUCGUAAUCACCAUGCACAAGAUAUUUCUGUGCCCAUCAAAUGAGUUGGUUCAAAAUGUAAUUUAGCUCCAGUAAGUCUAUACUGCCAUUUUCAUGUCAGUGCAAACUAUACACCUGA